UCAGACUGUGACUCAGUUAACUUUGUUUACACAGCUGACUCCAUUCAUUCUCUGAAACAAAAUCACACCCUCAGUGGUGGCCGAUAAGGGGUAGCCUGUCAGAUUCAUUAGGAUUCAUCAUUCUCUUUCUUAGGGCAUUCCCCUCCCCACAGAUACAGAUGGAAAAGGAGGAGGAGAAAUCUGGUAUUUUAGAAGGCACGCAUCAUCCUUCUAGCUUGCUGCUACCGAAGUCUUUAAACUACUUUCAUCAUGUUGAUUCACUGGAGAAAUGAACUUCCUGGAUCACACAUGCCAAAUUAUAAACUGGUUCAUUUGUUCUUUGUGCAUACCAUGUUUGCUGAGACUUUGGAGUGGCAGGUGCCCAAGGACAAGAAGGAAUUUGAUACUGGGCACUGCUUUUGUGAUUUAUUUGGGGUUCCUCAUCAGCCAAGUAGGUCAUGUUCUACCACAGCAUAGAGCGGGAUCACCGAAAGCUAAUUCCAAGAAUCUCCAAGAUGCUGCCCAGACCCCGUUCCUUGAGAUCCCACUGGAUGGCACUCUGUCACUUCCUGAUUUGCAAAGACCCCUGAUGGAGACAAAUGAUACCUCAGCACUGCCCAAUGUGGUGUACAUUACUCUGCGGUCCAAGCGCAGCAAACCUGCCAACAUCCAAGGCACUGUGAAGCCCAAGCAAAGGAAGAAACAUACAAUACCUUUGCCCUAUGGAAAUAACAAUCCAUUAUUUUUCACUGUCCAGGAGAAGCAUUUAAUGCACAAGUCAACUCAUGGGACUAGCAAUUCCAUAGGACUGAAGAGAGCAGUGGUCCAAAACAAAGCAAGGCAAAGCCAGGAAAAGGACAAAGAGAAAGAAAUGCCCCCAAAGGGUAAGAGAUAUUGGCAAUCUGUGAAAAUUCUAAGAGAAGAAAAUGUGCAGCUCAGUACUCAGGAGAGCAAUAUCAGGAUGUACAGUGAGAAGCCGCCAUCUUGGCUAAGCAAAGAGGACAUCUUACACAUGCAUGUUCUGGCAGAUUCCAAGAUAGAUACUGUACAAGAGGCACCAUCUCAACAUGGAACACUUCUGGUAUUUGAGAGGAUGUCUGUUGUGAAUGGAUUGACCAGAGGUGCUUCUUGCAGUCAAGGGUUUUGUGGCCUCCUCAAGAGACCUCUUGACAUGAGUGAAGUGUUUGCUUUCCAUUUGGACAGGAUCCUGGGGCUGAAUCGGACCUUGCCUACAGUAGGCAGGAAAUCAGAGUUUGUCCAAGAUGAUCAGCCAUGUCCUGUGAUUCUCUGGGAUCCUUCCUUGUCUCAAACAGACAAUGAGACACACUCUUCUUUGAAGCUAAACUGGGGGGCCUACAAACAGCAACUAAAGCAGAAGUGUUGGCAAAAUCAUAAAGUGUCCAAAGCAGAGUGGGGAUGUACAGAUGUCCAUUACCAUGAAUGGUCAAAGAUGGCUCUCCUUGAUUUUCUAUUACAGAUCUAUCACCGCUUAGACAAAAACUGCUGUGGGUUCAAACCACGCAGAGAGGACUCCUGCAUACAGAAAGGACUGCAUCUGAACUGCAAUGACCAGGAUAGCAUUGCUUUGACUCACAUUAUUCAGCGGAAGGAAGACCCACGACAUUUGGUCUUUAUAGAUAACAAAGGUUUCUUUGACAGAAGUGAAGACAAUCUAGACUACAAAAUAUUGCAUGGCAUAACAGAGUUCCCCGAAUCGGCAAUCUCAGUGCUGAAAAGCCAACAUUUGCGAGAGAAGCUUCUUCAGUCUUUAUUCCUUGACAGAAUUUUUUGGGAGAGCCAAGGAGGUCGUCAAGGGAUUGAAAAACUCAUUGAUGUGAUAGAAAGAAGGGCCAAAAUUCUUCUUACUUACAUUAAUGCACAUGGGGCAAAAGUACUCCCAAUGAACAAGUAAAAUUCUGUGGUAAAAAGAUAUAAACACACACACACAAGCUUGCCAUAGAGCUCUCUGGUAAUUAUAAUUUCUAUUUCUUUCACUUUCAGAGAACCAUGAACAAAUGGUCAAAUUUAACAUUUUAAAUCAUAUAUUCUAUAAAUGUAAUAUGGAACACAUCAAGUCAAUUGCUUUAAAGAGCUAAAUAUAUGGACAAUUCCCCCCCCCUUUAUUUUAUUUUAAUGACUGUAAACUUAGACAUGCUAUUAGCUUUGAAAAUGUCCAAAAAGGGUGCAGACCCCAAACUGUUUAUAUCAAUAGCGUUCUUCCAUAAUAUGUGGUUUUUAGUAUCACUACAAAUAAUUGCUUUUUUUCUAAAUUGCACAGAGAUUUUUUUCCCUUCCUUCCAACAAAAAAUGACAAACCUCGUUGUUCUUAUUUCUGUUAUGUGUCCAAAACUGUUUAGUCCAAUAACCAUACCCAUUCUUCAUGUAUAUUUCAGUUCAGGUUGUACAUAAACAUGCCAUCCAAGGGGCUGAGUGUGGAAAUGUUACAUAUUUGCUGCUGCUUUUUCUUGUAUAUGUUAAUGUCCACAAUGUUAUUUGUCUGUAGAAAACUCUAUAGAAACCUAGAAGUUUUCUACCAUUAAUCAUUUCCAAAGGUCCUACUUUUCAGGCCACGGCCGACAUUAUCCUCCCUUCCUUUAGCUACUCUCUCUCUCAACUAGCCACCCUAGAUUGUCCUUCGUCUUUUCACUUCUUAUCCUUUUGUGAUUUGAUGAGCCUUUUCUUGUCUCAGUUCUUUUUCAUCAAACUCAGUUCUCUAUCAGCUGGUUCUUCAGGUUCAUCUUUGGCUCCAUCCACAUGGUGGCUAUUCUCUGUUCUGUUCUGGCUGCCACUGGGAAUGCAGAGGCAUUGAUAUUAGUAACAUAUCUGAAACUUUUUGGUCUCUAAGGUGCUACUGGACUCUAACUGUUCUACUGCAAACCAAUUCAGCUACUCUCUGAUAAGAUCUGUCAGAACAGAUUUUUUCUGCAGUCUGUCCUCUGUCAGUUGCCAUUUUCCCUGUAGCUUUUUUCUGCUGUGUCAUCAGAGUACUCAAGGGGCUUUUUAUUAUUGGUAGUUGCUAUAGCACAUUGUGAAAAUAGCACUGGUAUGGGUGGGACAUUGGAAAAUGCACCUCUUCCUGUGCAGAUGGCAGCAUAACUGGACUUCCCUCCAAAAAUGUAGCAAAGCUAGUUGGGGAAAAAGCAUAUGAAGGAAGCAGAAAGGAUGACUGAAGUGCAAUUAGUGUAUGAUGUCAUGUGAAAAGGAACACAAUGUUUCAGUUCAGAAGCAAAAGAGAAAAACCUCAAUAGACAAGCAGCCUAGGGGUUCAUUCAGAUGCCAUUUGUACCAACAUCCAGUCAGAAUUUAAAUAAAAACAGCCUUCCCCCUCCCCCCAUCUUUGCACGUGAAGACUUCCAGUUAGACAUGAACUCCAGUCAACUUGUGACGUAUGACUGCAGGUGCACAGGUUACCUGGAACGACUUUUCCUCCUGAAAUGAGAAAAUCUUUAGGAACUUUCUAUGCAGGAAAGGAGGGGGAGGAUAGAGAAAAGUGCAGGAGCUUGGUAUGUAACGAUAUGUGCUGUUUACAAGUGGCAUCUGAAUGCACAGUUCUCAGUGCAUUGCCUGCUUUGCACAUUUUUAAAGAUUUCUUUCUUAUAUUCUCCCUUUCUCUUAAAUUUCCUAAAACAUAUUUCCCAGCUGCCUCGCAUAGUUUUUAAAUUAUAAUCCUAACUGAAUUUAUAGUUAACCUUUCUUGAUGGAAACUGGAUUACAAGCUGCUUGAAUCCUUCAGCAACUGAACAUUCUAAUCCAUUGUCCUAGCUCAGCCAGUCUGUGUCUGAGGCUUCAUUGCCAUGAGCACAAUGAAAUAUAGAUUGUCUUCAAAAGAUGUAGAUUGUUUCAUACAUCAGUCUUAUACAACAUGCAUCUACCACUGUACUGUCUUCCUGCCAUUUAAGUACUGAAAUCAGGUUUUUAGUGUAAUAUACUGGUGACUGUAGCUUUAGUCUAUGUUGCUAUGAGAAUCCUGUAUUAUUAAAGCAAACUGUAGCUCUGAAAA